AUGCAUUUCUACUCAUGUCUUCUCUCGAUGAUAUAUUACUUUCUUUGCUUUUUUUCUGUCAUUUCUAAAUGUCUUUCUUUAUUGAUUUCUUUUCGUUCCGUUAAUACAUCACCCACAACCUUCUCUCUCUCUUUUUUGAGUACUCUCUCUAUUUCUCUGACAUUCCGUUUCCUUUCCUCCCUCCCACCCUCUCGGGAUAAUAGUUCCACUUUUCUUAUUUUCUUUCCUUUUCUCUGUCUAUCGCUUUCCGCCCUCUUCCAUACUGGAUCUUCCAUAUUUCUCUCCUUCUUCUCUCUCUUUUGUCCCUCUCACUCAUUGCCAUACGUGAUGUUCCAUAUUUCUCUCUUUCCUUCACCAUUCUUUCAUUUGUUACCCCUCACUCAUUGCCUUAUACGACCUUUCACAUCUCUCUCUUUCCUUAGCAGUCUCUCUCUUGUCCCCCUCACUCAAUGUCAUACACAAUCUUCCGUAUCUCUCUCCUUUCUUAAGCAGUCUCUCUCUUGUCCCCCUCACUCAAUGUCAUACACAAUCUUCCCAGUCUCUCUUUUUCCUCCCUCAUUCGAUGUCAUACACAAUCUUCCGUAUCUCUCUGCUUUCUUAAGCAGUCUCUCUCUCUCUUUCCUCUCUCAUUCGAUGUCAUACACAAUCUUCCGCAUCUCUCUCCUUUCUAAAGCAGUCUCUCUCUUGUCCCCCUCACUCAAUGUCAUACACAAUCUUCCUCACACACGAUCUUCCAUAUCUCUCUCCUUUCCUAAGCAGUCUUUUUCGUCCCCCUCACUCAAUGUCAUAGACGAUCUUCCGUAUCUCUCUCUUUUAAUCUUUUUUGCACUUUUUACUCGCAUCUUUCUGCACCGCCACCGACCUUUGCCUCUUCAGAUCACACUGCCUCCUCUUUCUUUAUCAACCCUUUUUUUUCUUCUUUCUAUCUUUCUUUCUUGA